AAAAAGAUUUCACAGAAAAUUUCAGAAGAUUCCAUGUACAAUAUCCAAGCUAAAACACAAGCCACAAGGAGCUCAGAAAGCAGUAUGGAGAGUGUGGACGCUAUGGAUGGAUCGACAAACACCAUCUCCCGACCCAUCGACGUCUUCAUCAGCUACCGACGGGUCAACGGGUCACAGCUCGCCAGUUUACUGAAGGUACACCUCCAGCUGAGAGGAUUCUCUGUAUUUCUGGACAUUGAGAAGCUGAAGGCAGGAAAGUUUGAUGAAAAUCUCCUGAACAGUGUGAGACUGGCCAAAAACUUCAUUCUAGUUCUGACUCCUAACGCCCUGGACAGGUGUAUGGGGGAUGACGAACAAAAUGACUGGGUACACAAGGAGAUUGUCGCAGCGAUGGAAAAUGGCUGUAACAUCAUUCCCCUCUUGGACAGCUUUCACUGGCCGCCAUCUGAGAAGCUUCCACAGGACAUGAGACAGAUAACAUUCUUCAAUGGAAUAAGAUGGAUCCAUGACUACCAGGAUGCGUGCGUAGACAAGCUGGAGAAAUUUCUUCGCGGGGAAAUCAGUACGACACAUAAACGGGCUGCACUCUUUCAGAUGGGUUCCUCUUCUGAAGGGGUGGUUGAUGGGGGUAAAUACAGCUCCAGCGAAGAAAGUAGUCCCAGCAUCGAUGUGUCACCCAAUCGUGAUGUCUCUUACAGCAGCUGAUUGCUGAUAAUUUAUCGCCCAUUGCACGAAGCAUGUAUACAUGUAGAAUUUUUUGUCCACAGAAUUUGAAUUAUAAAUCUGAAUGGCAAUUGGAAGUUCACAUAUUAAUUUUUGUUUUGAAUGCAUAAAAACAGAGUACAAUGUAAUGCCAAAAGUUUAUUAAUAUAAUAUCAACUAUCAACCAGUAAAUGAAAUUUUUUGAUUUUUUUUAACAAAAUUAUGUUUGUCUCUGUAAAAUGAUCAAUCACCAGAAUUCAUUCAAAAUAAGCUGUCUUUACAAUUACAGUGGGCCCUUGUUAUCCUUGAUGCCAGUGAUCCAGAUGGUUCACCUUCUUGACAAUAUCUAGGUUAACUGAUGGUAUUUAUAAAUACCCAGGGUGUUUUAGUAGUCUGAACCCUUUACUAAUUCAUAUAAUUUUCUUUGGAAUACAAGUGUCCAGAAUAACAUGGCUCAACUGUAUUUGUUUGAAAAAGCAGUUCUUUAUUGACAGUGUAGAAAACGCAUAAAUAGACAAUCCAUUCAUUAUUCUUAUAUGCCCAUCUUAAUUUUUGUAUACCAUAUGGCACAUACUGUAUGCCUAAUCUAUCCUUCUGUUCAGUCAUCUACAUGUAUGAACUUCAUUUUUUGUGAUUUUCUAAGAAAUGUUACAAGGUUGAAAAUUGAAACCUGGCAUUUGUUGAUUUUUGUCAUGUAGUGUGCUGAGAAUAUUAGCUUCAAGGGAUGUCAAACAUAACCAAUGUUGUCUGCCUCUCUGUACACAGAAAUUGGUAUAAACAAACUCUGGAAGUUAACAAGGGAUAU